UGUGAUACGCUAUCGCAUUAGAAUUUUCUGUUAUUUUCUGUCAGGUUUUCUGUCCGUGCCGUUGAAAAGUCUGAGCGGCAGCAACAACAACAACAACCCGGGGGACGCCUUGCCGCAGUCUAUAAGCAGCCGCCCUUCUCUCAUUUAGAUAGUGGUGUGAUAGCAGAAGCAUGAUGUCCAGAUCUCUGCGGGCAGAGACUCGCUCCCGAGGGAAGGAGGACACCAAGCGGUCCAUGCAAGCGCUGGACAAGGUGCGGCGCUGGGAGAAGAAAUGGAUCACAAUACAUGAUACAACAAUGAAGAUAUACAAAUGGGUUCCUGUGAUACAAGAUCAGGAAAGGAAGAAGAAGAGUGGUGGAGGUGCCAACAAGGAGAACAGGAUUUCUAGCAGAGACAGCAGCAUGUCUGCCUUUCAGAUGGGUGGAGACGAUUCCAACACUGCGAUGUCCAUGAUGAGUGACUCACAAGACGCCACAGACUUCUCCUCCACCCAGUUCAAUAUCUCAGAAGAUUCAAAUUCUGAACCUCCUUUUAAAAAAAAACUAGUUGAGUAAUAUGUGUCAGGUAGAUAAAUAAGAUAUUUUUUAAUUUAAUUUAAAGAAAGUGGCAAGCUAAAUGCUAAAACCUUGAAAUACUGUAAUAUUUUCAUGAAAAGUCAAGAUCACAUUAGUUGGUUUUAAUAUAUAAAUGUCUCAUGUACUAUUACCUUUAUUUUUAUUCUUCCCAUCAGCUUGUAAAACAUUUUGGCACAAAAUUUCAUAAGAGUACAAGUUUAUAUUUAUGGGUCAGGAUAUACUUUACCAAUUGUUUGGCCUAUCUUUCAUCACGUGCUCAGACCCUUCAGAGUUGACAUUGUGACAUCAUGCUAGUCUCAGCGUACCUUUACAGUGAAUGGAAGAAUAAUCACAGUAUUUCAGGACAAAGGAACUCCUUGAAACCAAAAUAUGUGUUUCAGUUUCUCCUUGCUUAACCUGGUAGCAGUGACAGGCCAAAUUUGUGGCUUUACCGUGUACCAGCGACAGGCCAAAUUUUUGCCAUGAUAUAAACCCCUCAAAAUUGAUGAUGCAUUAACUGGUUUGUGUGAGUGAUGAUUUUUCUCAUUUUUCUCGCUUAGAGGGGCCUUUAAUUAAGAAACACGAUCCCCGCAGCUACCAGGUUAACCACAGGAGCAAAAUGCUCUCCCUUUUGAGAAUAUGUCACCAUUCUCCUCACUCCCUUGUAUUCCCAGAUUGUUUGGAAACCUCUCAGAACAUGUCAUAGGUUUUAUCUUCAUUUUCUUUUCUUAGUUUCUUUGUGCUUUUAAUUUUUUCCAGACCUUGUACUCUACUGUCUGCACAUGUGGUGCCCGGAAAUUAGCCUACUGUAAUUCAGAGGAAAAUACGUAUUAAGUAUUGUAAAGAUGAGUCAGUGUGUACCAGUCCUGUAUUACCCCUCCCUCCCUCUCCCCUCUCUUCAAGACUAUGACUAGACGCUUGUAUUUAAGCUGUUUCAGUUGACUUCUUUAUUAGUAGUUCAAAGUUAUUUCUUGCAUGCUCAACAAAGUGAGUAUUAAUGGAAUUGAUACCCUUUGCCCCUCUCCCCAGCUUUGUUACCUACUUAAUACUCCCCAAGAUGUUAUAAUUCAACAUUCCCUUCCCUCUGUAACUCACCCAUUCUAACACAUUCAGUUUAACUGUUCCCGUCACCUUCCCACAGCCUGUGAGUGACACUCGUUCUCUGGCCUCAGGAAGGUAAGGUUGUGUUACAUUCGCUUGCCCUCCCUCCUCUCAAAUAUUACGUGUAUUUGUAAUCCCUCCCCUUCUUCUUGAUAAUCAGUUUAUAUUCACACAUAUAGUAUAUUGUUUAUUAAUUUGACUUGCUCUCUGUCCUCUGGAAGGUCCGUUUUGAUUGUUUCACGGUGCCCACCUCGACCUGUGUCCACAUACACACACUCCCUGAGCCCUCAUCUUUCCCUGCUUUGUCCUUAAUAUGUAAAUUGUUUGUUUCUUUGCCUAGUUGCAGUCCUUAGGGCCCUCUAGGUUAUUCAGUUUACCCCAGGCCUAGGUUAGACCAUUGAUAUUUCGUAUUUCUUCCAUCAUUAUUUUGUAAUUUACUCAUCACUGUAAAUUUCCUUAAUUAUAAAUGUUGUUGUCUUUCAAUUAUCCCUUCCCUUAGUAUUAAAUUUACGGUAGAUUGGCUGGAAAGCACACUGAAAAAUUAAUAGCCUUACUUCCUCCCAUAAUAAGUGUUCACGUUACCAAAGAAUUCUUCCAGUAUCUAACCCAACAUGGCUGAGUUAGUUUAGUUACAAAGUCAAGUUAAUUCUUCCCUUUCUCCCUGUGUAGCUGUCGAGUCAAUUGACAGAUCUCAGGGUGUUGGCAGCCUAUUAUAAAGACUCAGUCAUGCAGAUUUGUUUUAUCCUGUCUAAUUUAAUUACAGGACUGGUACACAUUGACUCAUCUUUACAGUACAUAUUUCAUAUUUUCUCCUAAAUUACAGUAGGCUAAUUUCUGGGCACCACACACACAGCUCUCAGAGGUGAUCUUAUCCCUUAUUAAAGAUUGAAUGUGGCUCACUAUUACUCGGCUAAUCAUCAACAGUUUACCAGGAUCUUUUGUGUUUUAACAAAAAUCACUGAAUACUAUUUUCUAAGGAGAAACACAAGGGGAUAAGGGUUCUGUUACAAGCCAUGAUCUGCAGGACCAAAGGUAUACUGAUGUAAACCUUUUAUAAUGUCAACUGUGGUAAGAAAAUAAAAAGCUAGUUUUCUUCAA